AUUGUGCAAAAUAGCCCCAAUUGUUUGAUAAGCACUCUUCUUCUCAACGAAGCUGUAGAAGGUAUAACUGCAAUGGUGCCCGGUAAUGAAUAGCCAAUAUUCUUCUCUAACUUCCAAUCAACCAGUCUAUGUCCACCUCAAGAUUCUUCUGGACAAACUUUUUCUCCCUCCUUUUUCUUCUACAAAUUACCGAUUCCAAGUCGCAGAAGAGAUCACAAACCAACCUAUUCUUGCACAAUCAUUUCUAAACUUUUAAUUUUUCACACCGGUAGGUAAAUCGUCAGAAGAAGAUGGUUCAGAGUUUGAAGGUUGCGUUAUUCACUAGGCGAAGCCUUCAAACUAUUCGUCUCCUCACUCAAACCAGAAACCAAUGCUCUCUUCUCGACCAUUCCUCUGACCAUGAUCACGAACAAGAAGUGCUUGUUGAAGGCAGGGCUUGGUCCAGAACCGCCAUUCUUAACAGACCAUCAAUUCUCAAUGCUCUUAAUACUAAUAUGGGGGCCAGACUGCAUGAAUUGUACAAUUCAUGGGAAGAAAACCCUGAUGUUGGUUUUGUUGUCUUGAAGGGCAGUGGCAGGGCUUUUUGUGCUGGUGGAGAUAUUGUUUCGCUUUAUCAUAUGAUCAAUGAAGGGGAGAUAGAACAUUGUAAAAAGUUUUUCAGUACAUUGUAUGCUUUUAUAUAUAUGGUUGGUACAUACCUGAAGCCUCAUGUGGCAAUUCUAAAUGGCAUUACCAUGGGUGGUGGAACUGGAAUUUCAAUUCCUGGGACUUUUCGAGUUGCAACUGAUAAAACUGUUUUUGCUACCCCUGAAACCCUGAUUGGUUUCCACCCUGAUGCUGGUGCAUCUUUCCACCUCUCACAUCUACCUGGUCGCAUGGGAGAGUACUUGGGUCUAACAGGGGAAAAGCUUAAAGGAGAAGAAAUGGUUGCUUGUGGGGUUGCUACGCACUAUUCUCAUAGUUCACGGCUUCCAUUAAUUGAAGAGCAUCUAGGGAAUUUGGUUACAGAUGAUGCAUCUAUUGUUGAAUCUUCAUUAAAUAAAUUUGGUGAUCGUGUUCAUCUGGAUAAAACAAGUGUACUUCACAGAAUCGAAAUACUUGAUAAAUGUUUCAGCCAUGACACUGUUGAAGAAAUCAUUGAUUCGUUGGAAAUCGAGUCAUCCAAAACAAAAGAUCCAUGGUGCAUCUCCACUCUAAAACGAUUGAAAGAAGCAUCACCUUUGAGCCUGAAGGUGUCUUUGAAAUCUAUACGAGAAGGAAGAUACCAAACACUCGACCAGUGCUUGAUUCGUGAAUAUAGAAUGUCCCUACAAGGGAUAUCCAAGCAGAUCUCGAGUGAUUUUUGUGAGGGUGUUCGGGCUCGAUUGGUGGACAAAGAUUUAUCACCGAAGUGGAAUCCUCCAACCUUAGCCCAAGUAUCUGAAGAUAUGGUGAACCAAUAUUUCUCUCCACUAAGUGAAACUGAGCCUGAUCUUGAUCUGCCCACCCAAUUACGAGAAGCAUUCCCCUGAUUUUCCCACAAUUUCCCUCUUGAGCUUUCAAUUUUACUAUUGAUAUGCUCUUCCUCUAUCCUUCAGGAAAUGUUUCAUCCAAUUCAAAGGAUUAUAUUCACAAGAUUCUCUUCAGCUUCCUUCGUAGUUUGUCAUUUGCUACAUGACAUAAUUAAAUAAAUAAAAUGGCCUCCUUUUUAGAAUGUGUAUUUUUAUUAAGUUUAGUCUUACGAUAUUGGCAUUUUUUGCUUGAGAUGUGUGAGCUUAUGUUUGAGUUUAUAUUGAUGAGGAUUCUUUUUCGUAAAACAAGUUUAAAUGCCCUCCAUUUUGUGUUCUUGGAUCGAUGAGCUGUUGGAAUUUGAAGUUUUUAAUUGUGAAUGUGCCUUUUUUCCGGUAA